UUUUUUUUUAACUUAUCUCCCAUCUGUACCUGGUACAUUGAACCCAGUGUGCUUAUUCUUCAGGGAAAACAAGUUGCCCAAACGAAGCACUGGGGAAAAGUAGCAAGGGAGACUGAGCUGCAGGCUGAACAACCAGCAUGAAUUCAAUGACUUCAGUGACCCUGUAUCCACACAACCAGCCCCAAGUCAACCUAAGUCCUGGGAACCAACCUGCCUUGCAGACACCUGAGAGUGCACCACCAGCCCAGAGAAUCUUCAAAGAGGGCAAAACCUUAGGGGCCCUCCAGAUCCUGAUUGGGCUGCUACACUUCGGCCUUGGCAGCAUCCUGGGGACCACCAUAUUUUGGGGCUAUGAAGCUGUCUCCUUUGUUAUAGGCUGUGCCUUCUGGGGCGGUAUUUCGUUCAUCAUUUCAGGAUCCCUGUCAGUGGCAUCAGAAAAGCAGCCAAAUUCUCCUUGCGUGCUGAAGGGCGGCGUGGGCAUGAACAUCCUCAGUGCGAUCUUUUCUGUGUUGGGAAUCUGUGCCUACAUCGUAGAUAUGUGUGUCAACUCCAGAUUUAUUGACUCCGACAGGAGAAUGAUCCCUGGCAAAACUACUUCUGGCAUGCUGCUCGUCUUCAGCCUCCUGGAGCUCUUCAUUGCCUCCACGUGUGCCCACUUUGGCUGCCAACUGGUCUCCUAUGACACCGUGGUCUACCAAACUGUCUACGUGUCAAACCAAGUGCCCAACCCAGAACCAGUGAACUCGCCACCAUCAUAUUCCAGUGAGAUGCAGCACUCCAAAUAAGCCAAAGGCUCUGGAAGCAUCUUCCCUUUUUUGCGCUAUUAACACUUAGCUUUUUCUUUCUCUUACAAACUAAGCAACAUGUCUGUCCAACUGCAUGCACCCUAGACUCCAUUCACUUCAGCCUGGUAAAUUGUCUGCACCUCUAUUAAACAGGAGACAGGAAUUGCAAGUGGAUUUUAGCAAAAGGGUCCUCCCUAGGGCAGCCAUGUGUGUGGACAUCACGUGCAUGUAUUUCAUGUGCUUACCUGUGUGGGCUUAGGAGUUAGAGGAAUAAAUGUCUAAACAGCCCAAGCUUUGUUCUUUCAAUCAUUCACUCAUUGAAUAAAUAUGCACCAAGACUUGA